CGACGUCCGUGGGUUGCGUCUUGGGUGCAUCAUCAAUCACACGAAAGAAAUGGUGACAAGGGUAAGUUGUACCGUGUGCGAGCUAAUUCAAUUUAUAAUAUUUAAUACAAGAUUUAAUAUAGAUUUAUUUUGUCGUCUAUGGCGGCACCGUUCAAGGUGUCGGAUUUCGGUACCAUGCUUCUUGGACGCUGUGUCUGCUUGUAUUAAUGCUAAUUUCGAUAGAUACUUUACUCGAAAAAAGGCACAACUCCAUGGAAUCACUGGUUGGUGUCGCAACACGACUGAUAGCAAUGUCGAGGGCGAAGCCCAAGGAGGCGAUGAAGCAAUGGUAAAAUUUCUCAAGGAUUUGCACACAGGGCCCCAACACGCUGUGGUCGCCAAAGUGACGCAAGAGGACCGCCAGACGGUAGAAGGGGAAGAUACCUUUGCCAUUAGGCACUGAAAUUCCGUGGGUUUGGCGUUUGAAACAUGGACAGAUUUUAUAUACCCGCUGCAGCUAUGCUAUUGCUAUUUAUGAAUUGGAAAUUGAAUGAUUAUGUCUAUUAAAACCCACGUCCUCGUCGUUUGAUGACUGGCUUCUUCACUGCACCUUGCGUCACAAACUUCUUUCCUUCACCAACAGCCUUUUUCUUCACUACAGCACGUUCUUCUUCGGCCUGUAGUCUGUCCUCCUCGCGCUGCUUGUCUUCGGCCAUUUUCGCCUCGAUUUCCAUCUUGCGAUUAAACUCAGUCUCUGUGAUGCGCUUGUGGCGUGCAGAAUACCCCUUCUCUUUGACAGAGUAGAAAACGCCGCCCAGAUCGGCUAGCCAGUGUGGAUCGACGGCUGUUACCGUUGAGACGUAGACUUUGGACGUAAGGAUGAGCUCAUGAUACACAACGUAGUCUGGGGGGUGACCCGCAUACAAAGCGCUGGUUGGGUGAAGUUGUACAGGCAGGUUUGUGCGUAGAUUCACAUACUCGCCAGAGCCCUUGUACUUGGCAGCUUGAUGGUAGUAUCCAGAACAGAUGCAUUUGCGGAUAACGUCCCAGUCCAUACCACAACUGAUCAACUUCAUCUUCUGCAUACGAGCAAUGUCAAGUAGUUGAUCACGGAUUUCCUUGGCACGGCGAAGUGAUUUAGAGUGAAGGAAGUGUUUGAUGCACCAUCCGUCCGAAAAGCCGUUGGCCUUCCAUGCUGAGUACACCUGUAGAUAGGUCAAGUGGUCAGAUUCAUGGACCCAGAACUUCUCGCGUUGAGAAUCCGCUUCGUCCUGCCGCUCCUUUGGCCGGUAGAAGACGUUGGGAACCGACAGCAUAGAGACAAUCGUAAUCAUUUCUUCUGUGCAGCCAUAUUGCUCCGCCGUGACGAGCAGUUUAGCCAUGGAAGGGUCCAUCGGGUACGAGCUCAUCUUGCGACCAAUAUCGGUGAGUUCACCCAGGUUGUCCAAAGCGCCAAGCGCCCAUAGAUCGAACAUGGAGGUCGAAAUGGUAUCCUGCGGUGGCGGGUCCAUGAAGUCAAAUUCCAUGAGGUUCUUGACACCAAGACAUUUGAGCAUUAGUACGGUGUUGGCGAGAUUUGUUCUUUGGAUUUCGGGAAUCGUCUGCAUGUAGAGCUCUUCCUUGAACGCUUUCUCAGUAUAUAACCGGAAAGCUUUUCCAGGUCCCGUUCGACCAGCACGACCAGAUCGUUGUGAUCCGUUGGCUUGUGAGAUGGGUGUAAUCUGGAGGGUGUCCAUACCCAUUUUCGGAUUAUAUACUUUCAUCUUGGAGUAUCCGGCGUCGACCACGUACUUGAUACCAUCAACAGUCAAACUUGUCUCGGCAAUAUUUGUUGCGACAAUCACCUUCCUUGUCCCCGGCGCAGCCUUGUCGAAGAUUUUGGCUUGCAAAUCCGCGGGCAUUUGACUGUAGAUGGGAAGAAUGAGAAGCUUUGGCGGAUCAUUGAGGGCAUCUAGGCGCUUUUGCACAAGCUCACACGUAAUUUCAAUAUCCUCUUGACCCGUCAUAAAAACGAGAAUAUCUCCAGCAUCCAUUGACACGUGAAUGGCAAGCACUUGCUGCACGGCUUGGUCAACGUAGUCCUCUACCGGAGACCUAUGAUACAUGACAUCGACCGGGAAUGUUCUUCCCGGAAUGGUGAAUUCUGGGGCUGAUCCAAAGAAGUCUGAGAAUCUCUUGGCAUUCAUAGUGGCAGAUGUCACAAUAAGCUUGAGAUCUCGGCGUCUUCGUAGAAUCUUUUUAAAUAAACCCAACAAAAUAUCGGUAUUCAGCGCCCGUUCAUGUGCUUCAUCCAUAAUGAUACAUGAGUAUUUGUCGAGAUCCUGUUCGCCCAGAGAUUCCUGUAGCAAGAUACCGUCCGUCAUGUACUUGAUAAUAGUGUCCUUUGUCGUAUAGUCCUCGAAUCUAAUCGAAUAGCCGACAAUGCCUCCAAGUUCAACUUCCAUUUCUUCAGCCACACGCUUAGCGACACUCAUUGCUGCUACUCUUCGGGGUUGUGUACACGCAAUCAUGCCCUCUUUGCCAUAACCGUCCUCGUAAAGAAAUUGUGUCAACUGUGUGGUCUUUCCCGAACCUGUCUCACCAAUAACAAUCGUCACCUGGUUCUCGCGAAUCACCCUCAUAAGGUCCUCGCGCACAGCGAAAGCCGGGAGGUAUUCACGCUGUUCGCGCAGAGUUUUGCUCUUGCUAAAGUCACUCGACCCUCCUUCGGCUGACUUCAUGUGUUGACUGAACUUGUUGCCCUUCUCUUUCAUCUCGCUCUCAGUCGCCGUUGGCAGAGCACUAUCGCCAUCCUCCUCUUUGGCACCCAUGAUAUUUCCCAGGGCAGUUCCCGUCAGACUUGUCGCAUCCUUUGCCUGCUUUUGUCGCUCGCGCUGCUGUCUGGUCUCCUUGACUACUUUACUACCCUUUCGACUAAAGACGGCCAUGUCGCUUUGAUAGUCGCGCACUGCAGGGACUGGUUCCAGUUGUUUUGUAAAGAUCGUUCGACCGUCGAGGAACGGGGGGCGUAAAUCAUGUACGAGCAAAUGGACGCGGGUCGCUUCUUGAUCAUCAAAGUCUGAGGCCAUGUCGCGUCGUUGGGCGACACCAGAAACCAGCAUUCGAUUCGUCUCCCACGCAUCAUUUUCUUUGCGUCGCUGUUCUUGACGAGCAUCGAACCGGCCGACCAUCUUGUCUGCUUUGGCCGACUCCUCCGCUUUAGCGGCCCAAGGCGUAGUCUCGUAGUAGGCAAACGGGUUAUGAGUAUCGUCGCCGAAGGCAUGGCCACCAAACUCGUCACUGCCGUACCAAUCUCGAUCAAGCGCCAGCGCAUCAUCGGGAUUUAAUUCUGUAAAAUCGUGUUCCUGUGUCUUUUUGGGCGUCGGAGCAUAUCGUAGCUGUGAUCGUGGUGUUGAGUCGCGAGAGUCGUGUCCGAAUCUGGAGCUGCUACCACCCUCGCCGUCCAUUCGCCUUCUUUUGGCAUUGAACCCAUCAUAUUCGCGAUCGCCAGACAUGUCAAGAAAGUACAAAAACUAAAAAAAAAGACUCCUCCAGGACCGGUGACCGAAGAUGGCGCAGAAAGACCCUGACUAUGA